GAUGGCUUCGCUCAGGCAGGAGCACCACUACGGGCUCUCCUGUGGAAAAAAUAACAAAAACAGCCCAAACAGGACGCUUUACCAUGUCAAGCUCACGGACACGGCUCUCAGGGCGCUGGAGGCUUUCCAAAACCUCAAGGGAUCUUUACCAAGUGAACCAUCAAUUUGCUUCAAAGGAAACCAAGGGAACAUCAAGAUCCCAGCUCCCACUUCAGAGUCGCCUUCUGCUCUUCGCGUCUUCUCCUUCUACUUAUCCAGCGACAGCAAAGACCAACCUCAAGCCAGCUUUGACUGCAUCCAUCAAUAUGUCACAAGUGACGGCCGAGAGCAACUGGAAGGUCAAGGCAUCAUCCAGGACAAGAUCACAGUUUGCGCCACGGACGACUCCUACCAGAUGACUCGUGAGAGGAUGUCUCAGGUGGAGAAGGACAGCUGGAGCCGCGCCGCCAUCGAGAUCAAACCCGGAGCCACACAUCCAAGUAAAUGUGUGAAGUUCCAGAAGCGGCCUCUGUCUACAUCAGACAGCAGUUUAUUCAAGAACUCCACCAACAACCGGAGGAUCGGCGGUACGGCCACGCCGACCCAGAAGCCCUUGAGGGAGCGCAUCAUCCACCUCCUGGCUCUGAAACCGUACAGAAAACCGGAGCUGCUGCUGUGGCUGGAGAGAGAAAAAGCCGACCCCAAGGACAAGGCCGAGCUGGGGGCCAUACUGGACGAGGUGGCCAGAGUGAAUCCCAAGGACAGCAGCUACCUGCUGAGGGAUGACUUCUUCAAACAUGUGCAGAGGGCCUGGCCGGGAUACAGCGAGGAGGAGAGGCCGCUGAUCAGCAGGCUGCUGGCCAGGAAGUUGCAGCCGCACAUCAGCCAGCCAUCGAGGAAUCUUCCAGCAAAUGUGUCAAAGACCUCAGAGGAUACAACGCUACAUCAGAGCCCAGCAAAGAAUCCUGCAGUGAAACGUCCCGUGCCUUCUGACUCUCUGGAAAGCCUCGCUGUUAAGAAACAAAGACUUGUGGACCAGAGGUUGCAACAGCAGCCCACAGUAAACGGACUCUUAAACAACAAAGGACACGUCAUUUCAGCUCCUUCCCUCAACCCCAGUUUCCACACAAAGACUGAGUUUCAACGGACAACUAACCAAACUGGAAACCAAAAUGGCUUACCAGGAUGCCACAGUGGCUUUCCUCUAAUGCACAAACUGUCUAGCACCUCUGACACACCGGUCUCAGAGAGCAGGGAACAGGGACCCAAAGUAAGCAGCCAGCCGCCACAGGGCGACUCCGACUGCUCUCACCAGCCGCCCGCCAACAGCCAGCACAAGAAGAAGAAAUCUAAAAAGCACAAAGACAAGGAGCGGGAGAGGUUAAAAGAAAACAAGGGCAGCGAAUGGUUCGAGACGAGUCCUGAUCUCAAGCAGAACCCGGACAAACUUGACAAUCCUGACAUCACAAAUGCUGUGGCCUCUGAGGAGAAACCAGAUUACGUGCUCUCAUACGGCCCCAUAAUGACUUUGGAGCAGCGUGAGCGGUACCAGGAGGAUUUCUGUGCAGAGUACGAUGAAUACAAAGACCUCCACUCGCGGAUCGCCACCAUUACUCACAUGUUUGUUCAGCUAGGAUCCAAGAUCAAAAGCUUGCCCCCUGGCACACGAGAAUAUAAGAUAAUGGAAGACCAAAUACUAGAAAAGUACUCCAAGUAUCGAAAGAAGUUCCCAGGCUACCGGGAAGAGAAGAAACGCUGUGAAUAUCUCCAUGAGAAACUGUCCUACAUCAAACAGCUCAUCGCAGACUACGAAGUCUCUCAGGCUUCUUCAUAGCAUUGGAUCUCUUUUGUAUCAUUUAUCUUCAAUGUGGAACCCCGUGCUUUGCAUUAACAACAUAGUUUUUUUUUAAAAGCAUUUCAUCUGAGAGUUUUACUAAAGAUUUUGGAUGAAACUGCAGCGUCGACAUCCACGGCCUCUGCUUGGAUCAAGGACCAUGCUGUGAGCAACGAAGAUAUGAAUCAGUAGCAGUUCUCUCUUUGUUUUGAAAGUCUAUUUGCUUUCUCUUAAUGAAAUCACUUAAAAGAUACAAGUCCAAGGGAGAGUGAAACACUUCUGUUAAAGCAUCUGUGCUCAUCAAAUUGCCAUGACAGACAACUUCCCUAAUCGUUUUUGACCGCCUUGCUAAAACCAGUGUCAGUGUAAGCCAUUCUGAUGGAAUUAUUUAAAAGGUAGGAAAUUAUGAGUUUAACUUAUUCACUUUGUUUUUUGACAUUAAGUCAAACACUGCUCCAGGCAGAUUUCCCUUUUUUAUGAAUUUAAAUAUUUCAAUAUACAGUUGACUUUUUCAAUACUAUAUCAAAGUUGCCUCAUUCAUAAUUUGAAUAACGAUUGAAUAGUCUAGUGCAAAAAACGGAUGUUUGAAGUCGUUUUAUCUUCAUUACAUGAUUAUGUAAAUGGAUUGAGAUAACUCUACUCGUUUCCAGUGCAGAUUACUUUCAUGUUUCAGGCAAUUAUCUUAAAGGAGAGGUGUCAUGGCCAUUUCCACUGAUCAUAAUUCCAUUGU